AUGUUGAUUUCGCUGCGGUUGAUGCAGUUCGUAUUCAGCGUGAUUGUGCUAGGGCUCUUGGCGUACGUGUUGAAGGGAUACAACUACCGUGGCAGCAAGAAAACGAACUAUGGGCUGGCCGUGGCGGUGAUCUCGGUGGUCUACUUGCUGAUGUUGUCGCUUAUGGGCCCUCUUUUGGCCAAACUCUUGCUUCCAGGUCUGUAUCUCAUUAUGGAAGUGAUUGUGACGAUUCUGUGGCUGGUGGCUUUCAUCGUGCUGGCAAAGGCUCACGGCUCCAGAUCCUGUGGUUUGAAGACCACCAGCACCUACCAGCCCCAAUACGGGUCGUUUGGCAACUAUGUCAACUCCGGCGGAUCCUACGACCCCUACACGAACCGCUACACCACCAACGCCCACACUAGGGCCUGUCACAGCUCUCAGGCGUCUAUAGCGUUUGCUGGUAUUGCUUUCGUGUUGUUCGCGAUCAGUUGUAUUCUAAUCGGUCUUCUCGUCAUUAAGCCCUUGACUCACAGAGCCGGUGGAAGCAAGGCUGCAUGGUCGCCCUACUCCAAUGCCGGUUUGAAACUCAACCCUUGGACCGGCUUGCGUGUUAGCGACGCUGAGCAGAACGACGCGGAGGCUCUUGCGAACAACAGAGGCGGAAACACCGGCGUUGGCGGCGGCGGCGGUCAGGACCAACAUACCUUCUCCACCGGCGACUCCACCUUCAAUGGCGUCCAUCACGACAAAAUGGGCGAACCUGACCACAGGCGUAACGUUUCGGGCACCACGGAGAUGGACCCUGCUGCUACCCAUCAAAAUACCAAUACCAAUGCCAAUGCCAAUGCCAAUGCCAAUGCCAAUGCCAAUACGGCUCGUCCGGCCACCAAUACGACUACCACCCACGUAAUGAGUAAUACCACCUAUGCCACCCACGAGCCCAUUGUCACGGACCCUUCUCCUAACGCAGACACUACGAGGGCCGCAGGAAACCGCAUCUAA